UCGUAUUGGAUACGGGACAGUGUCACGUGUUCGUGGCAGCCGUCAGUGGCCGUCAGUCGUCACCUCCAGUGGUUCCAGACUUCCAGUUCCCCGUCAUUUUCUGUCAUUAUUUUCGGAGCGUAUCUCGCGACACAAUCAACGAUUGCAGUGCGAUACAACGAGCAUCGUGGCUUGCACUUUCGUUCAAGAGAUCCGUCUCUCUCUGUCUCUCUCUCUCUCUUUCUCUUUCUCUUUUUCGUCCAGUCCGCUUAUCGAUCAGUCAACGCGAGAGGAAGCUUUUCGUUGCGCGCCUCGUCGAAGAAUUAACUCCCCGACAUACGUACGUGUCAUGGAGUACCGAGAAACGGGGUCUGUUGCUACGCUAGCUUUGUGACUCAUCGCGCGAUCAACCCACUUGUCGUCCCGUGUUGACAAGUGCGUGGAACGCAUACGGGCGUCGCAGGAGUGGGGUUACACACGACAUCCUCAUCAUUACCUUUGACACGAGUCUUACGUGACGCGCGUCCCUCGAUCCUCUCGGCUUUGUCGAAGAGGAAGGUCGUCGAGGAGCUACUGUUACGCUCGCAUCACUAAUAACAGCUCGAAAAUGGAUGCCGGAUUCUCAUCGUACCACAAUGGUGGUCCUGCUCGGGAACAGGACUUUGGCAGGUUGUCCCAGUCGAUUGGCACCUCGAUAUUGAAGAUAUCACAAAAUGUAUCUUCCAUGCAGAAAAUGGUCAAUCAACUGGGUAGUUCCACUGAUUCUCAGGAACUUAGGAAUCAGCUGCAUCAGAUACAGCACUACACGCAGCAGCUGGCAAAGGAUACCAGCGUUCACCUUCGAGACCUUGCUAUACUAGCGAAUAAUUCUGGUUCUACGAGCCCUGGAGAGCAGAGACAACGGAAAAUGCAAAGGGAACGCCUUCAAGAUGAAUUUACCAGCGCAUUGAAUUCAUUUCAAGCCGUACAAAGGCUAGCUGCCUCCAAGGAGAAAGAAAUGGUCAGGAAGGCUAAGGCUAGUGCAGGUAUCGCGCCGUUCGGGGAAAAGAAACAGGACGCGACGCUUAUCGAGUUGCAAGACAGCAGAACAUAUGGAAGUGACAGCGCGAAAUUUCAACAGGAACAGAUGCAGGAACAAAUGAAUCUACGAAUGCUAGAGGAACAGGAAGCUAGUAUAAGGCAGUUGGAGAGUAAUAUUAGUGAUAUCAACCAAAUAUUUAAAGAUCUUGGAGCUUUAGUGUAUGACCAAGGAGAGGUGAUUGAUUCCAUAGAAGCAUCGGUCGAAAGAACCGAAGUAUCUGUCACUGAAGGUGCUGCUCAAGUAAGGCAAGCGAGUAUGUAUCAGACCAAACUACGUAAGAAGAAGUGUAUUCUCAUCGUGAUCGCGCUAGUCGUAUUAUCGAUUUUGAUUGGUAUCAUAGUUUGGCAGAGCAACUAAAAAAAUGCACAUAUUUACGACAGUGUACAGCAUGGUGGUAUAUGUAGCGCUAUAAAAACUCUUGUCUGUACAAAAAAACAAUUGCAGAGUCGCCGGUCGAUCAAAAUUUUAGUGACAUUUCUGUCCAAUCCUAAUUGUUUUAAAUAAUCACGCAAAGGCGUAGCAUUGUCAUAGAGAUGCAGGAAAGCGAAGGAACAUACACGCGUCUUACGAAUUUAAUCCAUCUAAUUGUGAUAAUCGUAAGUGUGCGAGCUCUGAUUUGCGAAUAAGACAUUUUAACGGCAUGUCUAAAAUUGCCGCAGUCCAUUUGUACGUUUCAAUACUCAUAAAUUAUUAGUAUAUAAUGAUCAACUAUAUAAUAUAAUACGUAUAUAUACAAAUGCAUAUAACAAUUUAGAUAAUGUGGCUAUAUGUAACAAGGCUAAAUACAUAUGUAUUUAUGCGUCUGUGUGCGUGUGCAUUUGUAUGCCUGUGUGGAAUGCUUGUACAUGAUAAAAUAAGUAACAAAACAUGCUUGUCAUCUGCAAAGCAACUUUAUGUGCCUGUAAAAUAUCUUAAGAACUAUUCCUAACAGAAAGUUCAAGGCGAAUGUCUAAGAGAGAGCAUUAUGGUACUUUAAAAGUAGUCAAAGAAUUCACAUUAAGUUAUAUGUAUUAGUUUAAGGAUGUUGAUUUUUGUUUAAACAAGAUAUAAUAAACAAUAUGUAUAUAUAAAGACUGACA